CACCUUCAGUCUAGGUUACGUGUUUUCAUCUGACGCAUAAGAGCGCAUGAAGGGGACAGAGCAAGAGAGGGUCACUUUUUGGAGGAUGUUGUUUUAGAAGGUCGUCUUUUCUCGUUCAUCAAAAGUGUAUCUAUGUGAUUUUGACCAAUAUAUAUGCCUAUCAAUACCAGAGGAAAGGGAAUAUCAGAUCCUAUUCAUAUUUGUUUAAUACUUUUGUACAAUGCGCUCAAAGGAUGCUCGAGUAUUAUUUUCUUUCUUCAGACAUGUAUUUUAGCUUGUGAUAUAUUUAAUAACAUUCAAAGGCUAUACUUUAUUUCUUACAAGUCAAAUAAUUUUGUAAAUGGAAGACAAGAUGGGAAGGUGUGUUGUAUUGCUCCAGUGCAAGACUGUUCUAAAAUAGAGGAGGACUCGGAGCUUAACUGCUGUUGGUAAAACCAUAAGAUCCUUUACGCAUCACGUGGCGCGCACGCACACACACGCACUCAGAGGAAUAGAGGACAUGCGGAGACAAGAGGAGCGCGCCAGCCGCCCCAAGGAGAACCUCCAGCCGCGCGAAUGAUCCGCUGGCAGCAUGCGCUCCUGGCCCAACCGAACUGACUGUCUCUCUCCCGUUAACUGCAGCUGGGAGGAUAACUACUGGAACUACUACUUUAACGGGAGCUACCGGGGUCCCGUGCCCCCUGAAAACCUAUUCCCCAUCCCCGUUCUAAUGGGAAUCACCAUCACCUGUACUCUCCUGUUCCUGGCGGGAGUGACCGGAAAUGUAAUGACUAUACUGGUCGUGUCUAAGUACAGAGACAUGAGAACAACCACUAACCUCUACUUAUGUAGCAUGGCUGUCUCAGACUUGUUGAUAUUCCUCUGUAUGCCCCCUGAUGUGUAUCGGUUAUGGAAGUAUAGGCCAUGGAUAUUUGGAGAUACAUUCUGUAAGCUGUUUCAGUUCGUUAGCGAGUGCUGUACUUAUUCAACAAUUUUGAAUAUAACCGCUCUGUCGGUGGAGCGGUACCUGGCCAUCUGCUUCCCACUUCGCGCCAAACGCCUGGUCACCAAGCGACGUGUCCGUGCGCUCAUCCUCUUUCUCUGGCUCGUGUCGCUGUUGAGCGCGGGACCUGUCUUCGUUCUGGUGGGAGUGGAGCACGAGACUCGCCCAGCGGCGGGAAACUCUGUGACUGCUGGUGGGGCGGAAGGACAGACAGAGAUAGACACUAGCGAAUGUAAACCCACCCAGUACGCGGUUGAGUCUGGGCUUCUAGCCGCCAUGGCGUUGGUUAGCUCUGUGUUUUUCUUCCUGCCGGUGUUUUGUUUGACUGUGGUGUACAGUUUGAUUGGACGAAGGUUGUGGAAGAGACGGAGAGAGAACAAUAUUGGCGCUAACGUAGCACACAGGGACAAGAGCAACAGACAGACCGUCAAGAUGUUAGCUGUAGUGGUCUUUGCCUUCGUCCUGUGCUGGCUGCCAUUCCACUUGCAUCGUUACCUUAUGUCCCAUUCCUCCGAGGGCUCCUCUCCUCUCUGGUCUCUCUUCACCCAAUACUGCUCCCUUGUUUCCACUGUCCUCUUCUAUCUCUCGGCUGCCAUCAACCCUGUCCUCUAUAACACCAUGUCUAGGAAGUACCGGUCAGCUGCUGCCCAACUGUUUGGUCUACAGAAGACUCAACCACCCAGAGGGAGAACAGCAAGCACUGUCAAAGGAGAGAGUUCACCUGCCUGGACAGAGUCCACUGUUAGCCUGUGACUGUAGCCAAUUUGCGGGGUGAAUGGCACUAGAUAUAUACUUCUCUGAUUUUGAUAUGUAGUUGUUGUGAUCAACCUCUUCUUGUAUGUUUCUCAUCAGUGACCACUGCUUUCCCUGGUUGAUCAAAUUCAAACAGGCACCAUUAUGGACCAUCAGGAUUAUUUGGUCUUUAUCCAAGAGAGCACCGGCUUACGCAUAAGGACUCUGAACGAGACUGUUGCUUUGAUGUCACAACCCGCCCGGCAAAGACAGACAAAGGCGUUUGAGAAGAUGUUUUAUAAAGUAUUUAUAAGGCGUUUCUGUCACCCAAAAAGAAGCACACCAUUAGCAAAAAAAACUAUUAAACAGCUUUUGAAAUGGACACAUAUGCAUUUUCUACAAAUCACACAUGCAACACACACGCGCACACACACACACAAACCAAAAGAGUUAUUACACUUGCCUUAAUAAUUAAUAUGUGAACUGUAUUCUGGAUGACAAAGAAAAGCACUGUAGACCGUGAUACACUUCUCUGUACCCUGAGAGAGAGGGACUGAAGUGCUGUGUGUGUGUUUGUUUAUGUUGAGUGACUGGGUGUGUUGGGGUGGGUGUGUUUAUGGUGAGAGACGGCGUGUGUUGGGGUGUGUGUUUAUGGUGAGUGACUGUGUGUGUUGGUGUGUUUGUCUGUGUGUGUAGAUAUAGGUAACAGUGUUUUGCUAUGAUAGCAUGUACAGUAGGCUAAUUAUACCGCCAGCCUUACUCUGUAAAUAGCAGCUUAGUAACAGUUCAAUCUGAUUGGUAUUAGUCUUGGCUUAUCCUAUAAGUACUUACAAAGCAGCCACUGCUUUGUAAGACCAAUGACCAAUUCUGAUAUGGCAACCUGGUCUCAGAGCAUUUCGUAUUAUUCUGUACAUAAAUCCGAGACACUCCAUUUAGGAUAAUAUGUUAUGUUUCAUAUGGUAUGUAUUAAUUUGUGGAUGUCCAUCAUCCAUUUCAUAUGAUAUGUUAUGAACUAGAAUUCAUAUUGUAUGUUACAAAUUUGCUAAAUGUACAAUAUGUUACGAAUCUGCAACACAUACAAUAUGUUACGAAUUUGCAAAACGUAUAAUACAUAACAAAUUGUAGCUAGGGGGCUAACGUUAGCUAGGCAAGGGGUUAAGGUUAGGGUUACGUUUAGGAGUUAGGUUAAAGGGUUAAGUUUAGGGUUAGGGGAAGGGUUAGCCAAAAAGGGUAAGGUUAGAGGAAGGGUUAGCUAAAGGGUUAAGCUUAGGCUUAGGAGAAGGGUUAGCUAAAAUGCUAAGUAGUUGCAUAGUACCUAAAAUGUACUAAGUAGUUGAAAAGUUGCUAAUAUGCUAAAGUUGUCCAUCAUGAGAUUUGAACUCACAACCUUUGGGUUACUAGACAUCUACAUUAUACACCUACCCAUCCACAGUGCAUUUGGAAAAUAUUCAGACACCUUGACUUUUUCCUAAUUUUGUUCCAUUAUCGCCUUAUUCUAAAAUGUAUUAAAUACAUUUUUUUCAUCAUCAAUCUACUACACACAAUACCCCAUAAUGACAAUUCAAAAGCAGGUUUUUAGACAUUUUUGCUAAAUUAUUACAAAUAAAAAACUAAAAUAUUGCAUUUCCAUAAGUAUUCAGACCCUUUACUCAGUACUUUGUUGAAGCACCUUUGGCAGCGAUUACAUACUCAAGUCUUCUUGGGUAUGACGCUACAAGCUUGGCACACCUGUAUUUGGGGAGUUUCACCCAUUUCUUUCUGCAGGUUGGAUGGGGAGCGUCGCUACACAGCUAUUUUUAGGUCUCUCCAGGGAUGUUCGAUCUGGUUCAAGUCCGUACUCUGGCUGGGCCACUCAAGGACAUUCAGAGACUUGUCCCGAAGCCACUCCUGUGUUGUCUUGGCUGUGUACUUAGGGUCGUUGUCCUGUUGGAAGGUGAACCUUCACCCCAGUCUGAGGUCCUGAGUGCUCUGGAGCAGGUAUUCAUCAAGGAUCUCUCUAUAAUUUGCUACGUUCAUCUUUCCCUCGAUCCUGACUAGUCUCCCAGUCCCUGCCGCUGAAAAACAUUACCACAGCAUGCUGCCACCACCAUGCUUCACCGUAGGGAUGGUGCUAGGUUUUCUCCAGACGUGAUGCUUGGCAUUCAGGCCAAAGAGUUCAAUCUUGGUUUCAUCAGACCAGAAGGUGCGUUUUGGCGAACUCCAAGUGGGCUGUCAUGUGCCUUUUACUGAGGAGUGACUUCCGUCUGACCACUCUACCAUAAAGGCCUGACUGGUGGAGUGCUGCAGAGAUGGUGUUCCUUCUGGAAGUUUCUCCCAUCUCCACAGAGGAACUCUGGAGCUCAGUCAGAGUGACCAUCGGGCUCUUGGUCACCUCCCUGACCAAGGCCCUUAUAUGAAGAGUCUUAGUGGUUCCAAACUCAUUCCAUUUAAGAAUGAUUGAGGCCACUGUUUGUCGGGACUUUCAAUGCUGCAGAAAUGUAAUAAAAAAACAUUUAAUAAAUCCCUUUUAGAAUAAGGCUCUAAAGUAUUUUUGGGGGGGGAGAAGUCAAGGGAUCUGAAUAUUUUCUGAAUGCAUUGUAUUUAAUUUUUGUCUUGAGUAACCAUAAAAAAUGUAACAUAUCAUACUAAUUUGAGUGUCCCCGAUUUUCAUUUACAAUGUUACGUCUAGUCUAUGAGACCAGGCUGGAUAUGGACAGAAAGACUACAAGUAAGGACUACAGAAACAAUCCGCAAAUAUGAACUACAAACAUCGCCUGAAAAAGACUUAAAACGUGGAAUUGUAACUACAGACAUGGCGCUUCAGCCCAAAUUAAUGUAACGCUUAACUAUGUGUCAAUGUUUGUAUUGCUAUAAUAAUCUGUACUAUGCCUGAACAAACUAUAAUGGAACGAAAACACUAUGUAUUUUAAUAUUGAUCGAUAUCAUCAGGUUGCCAACUUGGUCUGAACUCAUUCCGGGAGAUAAAAAUGAUUCAAUAUUG